CUGCGACGUGCGCCGCUUGUGGCGCCCGCUCACGUUAUAAAUACUCACCACGCGGGAAACUUUGCCGCGUGUUGAGCAGCGACUGCGACCGAAGAGAGGAGGGACACCGCGCAAUUCGGUCCAGAGUCCGCCGAGCAAGGGAGACCCCCGCUACACAGCGUGCGCCAGGCUUCAGACGACGCGUCACUUGCGGACCCAACGCGCCCUGGUCACAAUGAGCUGCCUUCACCUCCUCGCCCUUGCUGUCCUCGCGACGUGCGGAUUCUUUUGUGUCGUGCACGCCAACAUGGAGGAUUCAGAUGGCGCACUCAGCAGAAGCCUGCAGCAACUGUACGCCGGCGACAGCCCGUUCGGGAGGAGCCGCGGCUACGGCCACGACUUGGAUUGGAUAUUGGGCCACCACCGGGCGAGGCCCAACAAGCGGCUCUCCGAGUUCUUGGGCGGUCCCGGCAAGCGAUACUCCGAAUUCCUGGGUGGUCCUGGAAAAAGAUACUCCGAAUUUCUGGGUGGCCCGGGAAAGCGCUACUCGGAGUUCCUCGGCGGCCCCGGAAAGCGGUCCGUUGCCGAUGACGUCAUGGCUGCUGCGGCCGAGCGCGGUCUGCUCCAUUCGGCGGAGCAGCAGGAGCCAGGCUCCGCCGCCAGCACCCUCCGGAAGUGACGCGUCCUCUGACGUAUUUGCGCCGAGAAAAAAAAAAAGUCAUGACCGAUCAAAACCUUUCAUCUCCCUUCAUUAUAGUUUGCACACUUCGUUGUCCUGUUGAGGAUGAACGUGCUUUGUUAUAUAUGCGCCUUGAACGAAAGAAAAAUAAACGUCGCUAAAUGACGGCCCAGCCUGAAGACGUUGUGAAAACACCACUAUAUUGUUAGCAAGAAUCUUGCGUUUCCGAUCACCUCGGCCUGCCUGUUGCGAAUGUAGGCUUCCAAUGGGUUCGUUUCGAUUACAAAAUUCCUACCUACCUGAUCAGUAGUUAUCUGUAAUUAUUCGCUCUUAUUCGUCGGAUGUGAGUCCAUCCGUAUAUGACUCUCUCGGCGAUGCAAUUACAAACUGCUCGCAUCUGCAGCCGUAGGUAUUCUGUAAAUAAAUUGUGUCUAUUCCUCUAUCUCUCUCUCUCUCUCGUCUUGACGUGUGAUAUGUAACGACAUGUGAUGUAUACCUCCUGUCCUUAUCACGAGAUACACCGCAUUAAGAGAGAAUAGCUGACCUGCGUUAUCACUAUGGGUCGUGGACUAAAAUAAACGAAUGUGUUAUUUCUUUUCUUUUUAUCCGUCGACCGCCCACGCGAACCGACUAAUACAUGAGCUUCGAUGAACCAUUUUCAUAGUUCUGCUAUCUUACUGCUUUAAUUGAUCUAUCAGUAUACGCACGCCUGCUCUGUUUUCUUCAAAAGAACUUGAGGGCAGUGUUAUCGUUAAUGCCCUGCGAUGAGAAGAAAAUGUGAAAAUUAUAAAGUAAACAAUUGAGAUCUACCGUUUCGCUUGUAAACAUGCGUUUGAGAGUAACAGAGAAACACUGACCGUCUUAUCUGAAGUUUGAGUGCUACUUUUCCAAUCAUCUCAACCGACGUGGCGAACACAUUCACUGGCAAUACUGAACACAACAUGACGUCAGAGGCAUCCUAUUGAUAAGCAGACCGAAGCGUGCCGGGGACUUUGCUGUUUAAAACACGCGGAGAUUGUGUAACACGUUAACAUUAUGAAAUCAAAACUAUACAACAAUGGGUGACCGUUCAUUUUCCCGCCGUGUCCUUGUCGCAGGCUUCUUGUCUAGUCGCCCCAAAUGUGUUGACCGAUGCUUUUUUGCAGAGAAGAACGCCGAGUGACUUCAAAGAUAAUGAGAAAUAAAAACAAAAUACAAUCAAAAAUAAAGACUUACCGUUGAUAUAGAUCGUGACCUAUGAUGUCGAACAAAACAAUAAAAAGUACAGUUGGGUUAUAAACACCUGCUUUGUCUUCA